CCCUCCGCUCCAGCGGGCGGCGGAAAUGCGUCAUUAACCCCAGAAUCAUUAGAAGCAGCAGCAAUAUGGCGAUCUCCAGUGAACGCGUGGAGGAUCUCAUAGGAACUUUCCGUGAGUCGUUAAAAGCUCGAGGUUUUGAAAUUUAUCCUUUUAAGGUUGGCUGGUACAAUGCAGUGGUGUCUGGAGCUCAUCAGUUGUCUCACUCAGCAGACUCUCUGGCUCUGGUGCUCCUGAGCACACCGUCCAUGUUUGAGCGCUCCUUCCUGCCCUUCGUACAGAGCCAGCGCUGUGAGGCUGUCAGAGACCCCAUCGAUCAGUGCACCGCUCACACAGUCUCUUCUUCUGUCUCGCUGUGUUUUCCAGAUCAGUCUGUGGAUGUCAGUUAUGAUUAUGAGAUGCUGCCCAGCAGAAGACCCAAGUUUCUUGCUCAGACGGCGGCCCACGUAUCAGGAGCAGCAUAUUACUACCAGAAAUCAGAUAUCCCCAAUCCACCGUGGGGUGAUCGGAAGAUGUUUGGAGUUUGUAUACACCCCAGGCUGGGGGGCUGGUUUGCUAUACGAGCGCUGCUGGUUUUUAAGGAUGUGCAAGUGGGAGAAGAACUUCAGCAGAAAGAUCCUCCAGACUGUGUGAGUUCACAGGAGGACAGGAUUGAACUGCUGGAGCGCUUUAACUUGCGCUGGCGAGACUGGAGCUACAGAGACAUCAUUCCCACAGAAGAGAGCUACUCUCCUCAACAGAGAGAGUAUUUCCUUACACCUCCAGGACAGCGGGGGGCGCUGCUUAGACAGUGGGGAUAUCUCACUGAAUCAGACACUGAGAAGCAGAGCUCCACAAACAAACAUUUUCCCAAAGAUGAACCCUGUUGACUCAAUUUGAUUUACAUAAAAUGUAUUGAGAAACUGUGAACAUAUUUCACAUUCUACUUGGGUCUCGCUGUAACUGAUGUCACUACAGAGAACAUGGUGUCACUACUGUAAAUACAUAUUUCAUUUUAAUUUAUUAAAAGAGGUAAUUAGAGGCAAGUACUUUAUCAAUGAAAAGUACACCCUUCAGCUUUCAAGGA